UUCCGCGAUGAGGCCCUCCGCGCGGGGACCGCGGGCCUCAAUUGGGCGAUGUGCGCCCUCUGCCUGGCCAGUCUCGUCGUGUCCGGCGUGCUCUUCUACCGCGAGCUCGGCCUCGAGUCCAGGAUCGCGAGUCUGGAAGCACGCUGCCUGCGCGUCCAGGAUUCCUCGUCGCUGGUGGACGUCCUGGUGCAGAGGGUCAAGUCGGAGGUGCAGGAGCAACUGCGACAGACACAACGGUUCGAGUCCGGUGCGGUCUUCAGGCCCAAACGUGAUGUCUCCGAAUGCAACUGUCCUCCAGGUCCACCCGGUGAGCCGGGUCCACCCGGAAAAAGGGGCAAGAAAGGAAAGAAGGGCGAUCCCGGGGAGCCCGGUGCGCCGGGACCCAUCGGCUUGGACGGGCCCAAAGGUGAUCCGGUAAGUUCACCACCAUAAUUUACAUUUUAAUUCCGUCCUGGCGU